AACAUUUCAUAAACCUUGAAAACAUCAAACACAAAAAGAAAAACACACUUCCUGUUUCAUUAGAUUCUUCUAGUUGUCCUAAGAUCAUGGAAAUAAACUCCAAUUCUACUACACUCCCUCCAGGAUUCAGAUUUCAUCCUACCGAUGAAGAGCUCAUCGUUCACUAUCUCCGAAACCAGACCAUGUCCAAGCCAUGCCCUGUCUCCAUCAUCCCAGAAGUAGAUAUCUACAAGUUCGACCCAUGGCAAUUACCCGAUUUAACAGAGUUUGGAGAAAACGAAUGGUAUUUCUUCAGCCCGAGAGAGCGAAAGUAUCCGAACGGAGUCCGACCGAACCGGGCCGCUGUUUCGGGUUAUUGGAAAGCAACCGGUACAGACAAAGCAAUUCAUAGUGGUUCGAGUAACGUGGGUGUCAAGAAAGCUCUCGUUUUCUACAAAGGCCGACCUCCCAAAGGGAUCAAAACUGACUGGAUCAUGCAUGAGUACCGUCUCCACGAUUCACGUAAAGCAUCAACCAAACUUAAGGGUUCAAUGAGGUUAGAUGAAUGGGUACUAUGUAGGAUUUACAAGAAGAGAGGAGCAGGGAAGCUUCUAGAUGAAAAAGAGGGUUCCAUGGAUGAUGUGCAAAUCGAUGAGACGUUAGCAGCUGUUACAAACGAAGCUGAAAGAAGAAAUGAGGAAGAGAUAAUGAUGAUGACGUCGACAAAACUUCCAAGAACGUGUUCGCUUGCUCAUUUGCUAGAAAUGGAUUACAUGGGACCCAUCUCUCACAUUUUAACACCGUUCGAUCUUCAACAUUUUGAUUCGAACGGCAUGAACGAGUCUGGAUGGUUUGGUGAUCUACAGGUUAACCAAGACGAGAUCUUGAACCAUCAUCGCCAGGCUAGUAUGACGUUCCAGUUUUAGUGGUGAAAAGAGAUCUUGGAAAGUUAAUUUGGUACAUGAAAAUUGUAAAAAAGACCCAUUUGAAUGUGAAACGAAAACAUGUUUAAUUAUAAAAUGAAGCUGUUUCAGCGUA